CACGUCAGCCACCCGGAACACGUCGCCGCGUCACCAACAUUAAACCCGAGAAGUUCUGCAGUGAACAGAAUGGCCCAGUUUGAGAAGGUUUCCCAGUACUCUGUGCAGCACCCAAAACCAACUGGGCUGGUUUUGCAAUAUGGUACUGCUGGGUUCCGGACGCAUGCAAACCAGUUGGACCACAUUAUGUUCAGGAUGGGCUUACUGGCAGCACUGCGCUCCAAAAAGACAAAGUCUACAAUUGGAGUGAUGGUCACUGCCUCACACAACCCAGAGGAAGAUAACGGAGUCAAGCUCAUCGACCCCAUGGGAGAAAUGGUGACCCCGGCAUGGGAGGGGCAUGCAACGCGGCUGGCCAAUGCAGAGCAGGAGUCACUGGUGAUGACCCUGAAAGACAUAAUCGAGAUGGAGGCAGUCGACUUGAGCCAGAAUGCCAGCGUGUUCAUAGGGAAAGACACCAGGCCCAGCAGUGAGACACUGUCCCAGGCUGUUUUGGAUGGGGUCUCCUCCCUGGAUAGUCAUGCUUAUGACUACGGACUCCUGACCACGCCACAGCUGCAUUUUAUGGUGUGCUGUAAGAACACACAGUUUCGAUACGGCACUGCCACUGUGGAAGGCUACUACGAGAAACUGUCCCAGGCUUUCAUUCAGCUGACCAAACAUGCUCCAAACCGCACAGAUGACCAGAAGCAUCUCUUGGUUGAUGGGGCUAACGGGAUCGGCGCUCUGAAAAUGCGGGAGAUGGAGCCUUUUCUCCAGAAGGAACUGAAGAUCUCAUUGCAUAAUGAUGGCAGCCAGGGGAAGCUCAACUUCCUGUGUGGAGCUGACUACGUAAAAGUCCAGCAGAAACCUCCUGAAGGCAUUAAGAUGAAUGCAGGUGAAAGAUGCUGUUCCUUUGAUGGGGAUGCUGACAGAAUUGUUUAUUACUUCAUCAACUCAGCUGGCCAGUUCCACUUGCUAGAUGGAGACAAAAUUGCCACUUUGAUCAGCACAUAUCUGAAAGAGCUGCUCACUCAGGCCGGGUUAGACCUGCAGGUGGCUGUGGUGCAGACUGCAUAUGCUAACGGCAGCUCCACGCAUUACUUGGUGGAGACCAUGAAGCUGACGGUUCAGUGUGCUAAGACUGGAGUGAAGCAUCUACACCAUGCUGCACAGGAGUUCGAUAUCGGCGUGUACUUUGAAGCCAACGGCCACGGCACAAUUCUGUUCAGUAAGGCUGCAGAGGAGAGGAUCCAGCAGCUUACGGUAGACCCAAACAUUAAUGAUGAGAAGAAGAGUGCGGCAGUCCUGCUGGAGAACCUGAUCAACCUCUGUAACCAGACGGUGGGCGAUGCCAUCUCAGACAUGCUUCUUAUCGAGGCGGUGCUAGCCAUCCGAGGCAUGACUGUGCAGCAGUGGGACGCCAUUUACUCUGACCUGCCCAACAGACAGCUCAAAGUGAAGGUGGCCGAUCGAAGGGUGAUCGAAACAACGGAUGCGGAGAGACGAGCAGUCAGACCCGCGGGGCUGCAGGAUGCCAUCGACGAGCUGGUGAAGAAGUACCAAAAGUCCAGGGCGUUUGUCCGUCCAUCUGGCACAGAAGACGUGGUCCGAGUAUACGCUGAGGCUGACACUAAGGAGGCUGCUGACACCUUGGCACAUGAAGUCAGCGUUGCUGUGUACAAAUUUGCCGGGGGAGUGGGGGAGGAGCCAAAACCAUUUCUCUGAUAUUCAUCUCACACACACAAAUGUACAUGCACGCAUACACACACAUGCACACACACACACAAAUGUACAUGCUUAUGUGCACACACAUAAACACACACACAAAUGUACAUGCACGCACAAAUGUACAUGCUUAUGUGCACACACAUACACACACACACAAAUGUACAUUCACGCAUACACAUACACAAACACACAAAUGUACAUGCUUACGUGCACACACAUACACACAAACUCCAAUUCUCAAAAUGAAUUUUCAUGGUGCUGCACACUGUCUAUGCAAUCAGGUUCAUAAUCAGUCAUGUUCAUGUUUAUCUUCUUUUUGGAAUGUGAAUGACUUUCAUGUUCAUAUCCUUUUCUCUAUAUCCGAGGUCUUCUUUUUGUACUGUGUCUUUUGACCUCUCCAAAUUAAACACUUGAUCCUUUAAAUUUAGAAUUGAAAUGGAUAGCUCACUUUCUUGAGGUUCUUUGUUAUUUCAGUUUUGCUGUAUGUUUUUUGAUUGGCCUAUUUUUUGUGCAAUGAGGCAUGUUUCUAGAAGUUGCCGAAAACCUGCCAGUUUAAAAAUAGCUAGUAUAGCGUACUCGGAGUUUGUGAUUGGUCUGGACCAAUUGUAAUCAUUACACAUAACUGGAUUAAUAUCAAAAACCAGAAUGUGAAAUAUCCAUUUCAGGAACAUUAAUCACUGUGUUAGCACUUUGUAACCUUCGUAUAUUGUGCCAAUAUCUUUAUGUUGUCUGAAGUAUAUCUAUUGUAUUUCGUUAAGAUAUGUAAUAGUCUGAACUCCCACGGAUUAAUGCUGAGUCACCCCAAAAUUGGGGUCUUGGGUAGGACCAGGAAGGUACUGACUAACCGAAUGUAUCCAAUAGGUUUUUGCAUAUAUAGUGCACUAGCAUUUUGAUAGGGCUGGAACAAUGUACUUGUUGUACUGAUUGUUGUCAGUAGGUUUAUAUGAAAUUAUAGCGCUACAGAUUCUGUCAUUUUGCUUAGAAUGCCCACAGUAGGUAAUCACAGAAGUAACUAUCCAUCUAAACAGUGUGAUGUCGGGCUGGGGGUUGCCACUGGUCACGAAGUGGACAGAUAAGACGAAACCAAAAUGAAUGGUUGCCGUACUGCUGUUUAUUAACAAAAAUAGGCCAAUCUGGCAACCCAAAUGCAUUACAAUAAUCAAGUAAAUCAAAAAGGGAACAAGUUAUGCUCUUGAUUGACGAAACAAUCAGCCCAAGGCUGUCCUCUCUCUUGCCUGAAAACCAGGCCUCUUUAGCCCAAUAACGAGGUAAUGGGCCACAGCUACAGUGAUUCCAAUCCAUUACAGCUGUGGCCAUACCUGUCUAUUCCCAUCCUGGUACCACAACAGAUUAGUGUACACUAAUACUAACACUUACACUAACAGCUGUUAACUGAAGAGAUCUCUGCUGCUAUGUUUAAUUUCAUGUGGAAAUAAAGACCCUUGUUUAAAACAAA